AGAUGACGUAUUUCCGUUUUGGAUCGAGAACCUCCUUACAUCCUGACUGUACUGUACCUCCCACUUGACUGUAAUGGCUUCACCUCGGCGUAGGUCCCUCUUCAGACCGUGCAUUGACUUGCACGAUGGGCAAGUGAAACAAAUCGUUGGAGCCACAUUGACGGAUAGAAGGGAUACUCUGAAAACCAACUUUGUUGCAAGCUUUUCUCCAAGUUAUUAUGCUGAAUUGUACAAGAUGAUGAACCUGCAGGGAGGUCAUGUCAUAAUGCUAGGCCCAGGAAACAAGGAGGCAGCUAAAGAAGCUCUCGCCGUUUGGGUAGGAGGGCUUCAAGUAGGUGGUGGUAUCAACGACCAAAAUUGUCUAGAAUGGCUGAAUGCCGGUGCGAGCAAAGUCAUCGUCACAACUUUCUUGUUCCCCGAUGGCAAAUUCUCCCUGGAGAGGCUUCAAGGACUCGCUAAUUAUAUUGGGAAAGAUAAAUUUGUCGUGGAUGUCAGCUGUCGGAAAGUGGGAGACAAGUGGUUUAUAGCCACUGAGAAAUGGCAGAGAAUAGCCGAGAUGGAAGUGUGUAAAGAGUCGCUGGAUCUACUCGCCCAGUAUUGCAGUGAGUUCUUGAUACAUGCCGCCGAUGUCGAGGGGUUAUGUCAGGGUAUCGACGAACAACUGGUUCAAAAGCUUGGUGAAUGGGUGACCAUUCCCACGACUUACGCCGGUGGUGCAAAAUCUCUGGAGGAUAUCAGACUCGUUGAUAGGCUGUCUGGUGGGAAGGUUGAUCUGACAUAUGGGAGUGCGUUGGAUAUCUUUGGUGGAGAACUUGUUAAAUUUGAUGAUCUCGUACGGUACAACGCCGAGGCUAUGGAGCAAAUGAGGGGACAUUGAAUGGUCUAUGUAUCGGUAACAUAUAAGUAUAAUACUGUGUAAUUCUAGAUGACUGUUAUUUCUCAAUGCCGAUGAUUAUGAUCCUUGAUGCGUGCCAGCCUGUCUCAAUAUUUUGAGCACUGUACCACUGAGUUUCUCUGA